GUAAACUUCGGAAAUGGCUGAACUCGAUUUGACGGAAGUGAAGGAGGCCACUGUGGCAAAUGCAACAUCCACCUGCGAUAAGCGACAUUGUAAGGAGAUGCGGAAGGAUAAACUACCCCCAUAUCUUCGAGACAGAGAAAGGAUACUCUAUCCACGUAAUACAAGAGCCCUACCAAAAACACCCGUAAUUGGUGGACAACCCAUCGAAGAAGAAACAUGCAUGGCUUUAAGGAAGGUGGUCUUUGGAUCUUGCGCGAGUCCACCUAAAGUCGAAUGGGCAAGGACCGGGCUAACUUUACGACCAUAUGGACAAAGUUUAGCAUUUGGAUUGAGAACGCCCAGAAACACAACAAGAGGCCUUGUCACCGCAGUGCAAGCUGUCAUGCUGAAGCAUUUUUUGUUCAAGUGCGACAGGCAAGAUGUAGGUCCCGAAAUUUUGCUAAAACCUUCAUACGAUCGACAGAUUGAAGUGUUGACUUCUGCAAUAUCAGAGAUUAUCUGGCGUUGUGCAGGUGGUUUCUCUGUGUCUACGUGUCCAAAUGUUGUCAGCAACAUCGUGCCAAGAGCCAUAGUAGCUCUGCCACAGGAUACACCAUAUCUUCAACACAGUGUACAGUAUUUUCAAGAUGGAUUAACAGAAACGUUGCAUCUUUUCGAGUUCAAUUCCUUGGAGGACCUUGAGAUCUUUAUUAAGAGGUACUUGUACUUGUUUCACGACGAAGGCGGACCUGGCGCGAAGCUACUUUUGUAUAGCGCGGUGCUUUCGAGAGGCCUCUCAAAAAUUCGAAACGAUUUAGAAGAUCCAAAGGCAUCCAUCCUCGGUGGGUGUUCGGAAGAAGGUCCGAUCAGUAUUAUCAUCUUCGUUUUAACUGGACGUGCUUCACCACAUCUUCAUAAUGGAGUGCUUCACGUUGGUGAUGAAAAUACAUAUGCUGUACCGCAAUGGGGUGUCCUUAUGAGAAGCGAAGCGGGAUUUUUAGUGCACGAAAGUGAUAGCAAUAUAAGCAAACAGCCGGGUUCUCGAUUGAAGACACCCAGUCUACCGAUAUGGGUAACUCUUUGUCUCGGUCAUCACGGCGUGCUCUUCAACACCAAUCGAGAAUUGCUGAGAAAUUAUCACGCGGAACGACGAUUCAAGGUUCAAUAUUUCACUUGCGGUGGCAGUCACGCUACGUUGACGGUGGAUACCAGAGCAAACGAAGCUUCCGGGGGAUCAGAUGCUGCAACAAUGGAAACCGCGGACAUCGCCGCGACACCGUUAGAGAAACUUAUUCGAUCCAAGUGGCAGGAUGCUCUCAUACAAUGGAAUGGAACACCGGUGAUGUGAGGGAUACGAAAG